AAUAAGAUCGGUUUGACUUCAACACAGUGGGAGAAUGCUCUUCUAUUGUUAGAAUUAACCGUACGAUUCGUGUUUCAGAUACAUUUGCGACCAAAGACGAAGGCUGAGUCUGUUGUUGUUUCAAUGUUUUGUACGUUUGUUUGUGUUAUAGCCGUGCGAGCGGACCGAAUGAGAGGCGGUAGGAACAAAUUCGGACCUAUGUACAAAAGAGACCGAGCGCGAAAACUGCAAAUGAUGAGACAACGGCAGCUGGCACUGCAAACGAUACGCGGCAGCCUCGGUGACCCAUCGAACUAUCCUUCCGCUGUAACGCCUUUCCUGCAUAUUAAACAGGAAAUACAAAUACCUCAGGUCUCGAGUCUAACGUCUUCUCCAGAUUCGAGUCCAUCCCCCGCAGCCGUGGCCGCUGGUCUGGUCACGACACAAGCUGGCAGCGGAGCUGGUCAGCAUCAACUGAUCGCACCGUCCUCCCAGCCAAACAUUUCUGGCGGUAAUCACCUGCACAACCUCAACCCUGGCCUGGAUAGUAAGCUAUGGGCUGCCAAUUCCACUACCCCUAGCCCGAAGGCCUUCAACUUCGGCGAACAGUCCACGCAACCUCACGGAGGAGCCGCUGGUUCCGCACCCUCUACCGCCACGUUGAAAACUAGUCCGAUGAUAAGAGACUUCGUUCAAACGGUCGACGAUCGCGAGUGGCAGGCAUCGCUUUUUGGACUGUUGCAAAAUCAAACGUACAAUCAGUGUGAAGUGGACUUGUUCGAAUUAAUGUGCAAAGUGCUCGAUCAGAAUCUGUUCUCGCAGGUGGACUGGGCAAGAAAUUCGGUAUUCUUCAAAGAUCUCAAGGUUGAUGACCAAAUGAAGUUGCUACAGCACUCCUGGUCGGAUAUGUUGGUGCUUGACCAUCUUCAUCAAAGGUUACACAAUAAUCUACCUGAUGAGACUACACUUCAUAAUGGCCAAAAGUUCGAUCUCCUUUGCCUCGGCCUACUUGGAGUUCCUUCCUUGGCAGACCUAUUCAAUGAUUUGUCGUCCAAACUUCAGGAACUUAAAUUUGAUCUUUCAGAUUAUAUAUGCAUGAAAUUCUUGAUGCUGCUCAAUCAUGAAGUUCGUGGAUUAGUUAAUAAAAAACAUGUUCAAGAAGGUCAUGAACAAGUCCAACAAGCUCUUUUGGAUUACACAUUGACAUGUUAUCCUUCUAUACCGGAUAAAUUUAACAAGCUGCUAGCAGUAUUACCAGGAAUCCAUGUAGUAGCGAGCAGGGGCGAAGAUCACCUUUAUCAGAAGCAUUGUAGCGGUGGAGCACCAACUCAAACCCUUUUAAUGGAAAUGCUUCAUGCUAAGAGAAAAUGAAACGAUACAUUCGUUUGGCACUUUUGCCAUGAGUUAGUCUAUUGCUGUAUGUCAAAAAUCAAGAUAGAGCCCCUUAUUGUCAGAGUGGACCUCAAGUACCUAUUAAGAACUAAUACUGCACAGGUAUUGGACCAAGUUAAGGGGCUCUGGUUCAAAAAAUACCUAUGCAGACAAAUCAAGUAUAGACGUACAUACUUUACAUAUAUACAUAAUAUAUGUAUUAUAAAGUGUAUCUAAAUAUAUAAACAUAAUGAUAUAUUUUCUAUAUUUGAUGUUGAAGUUUUAGAGAUGUAUCCACGAAAAAAAUUAUUACCCAUGUUGGUGGGUAUAAGCGCAGGGAAACAGUAAGCAAGAUGCCUUGAAAACAGUACAAAGGGUGGUUAAAAAAAUAUUGGUCAAAGGGCAGGCACUUUUUGUCUAAAUAAGUAAAGCUAUUUUUCUAAUACUAGAAGCGAUUAUUUUUAAGCGAUUAUACCACUGAAGCCUUGCUCUCAUUUUAACAAAAAGAUAAUCCUAAUAAUAACGAACGAAAGAAAUUGUAUCGACUCUCCAGUCAAUCGUGCUUCUGCAAGGGAUUCAAUGGGCAUACUUGAACGACAGUAAAAUUUCAUGUGAUAUACUUAUAUAUACAUAUAUACAUAUAUGUCGCACGGCCACCUGGGCAUCCUUAGAACUUCCUAUGAAAAAUCUGCAUUUUGUCACACUUGCACACAGCAGGGCUACUAUAUUGUAAAUACUAGUUAACACAUUCCAAUUAUGUUGUAAAGUAUGAAUCAUGUUAAAUAUGUAAUUAUAAUAUUUUGUGUAUAGUUUAAUGAAAUAAAUAUAUUUCUGUUGCUUACUGAGAAAAAAAUCAUUAGCUACUUAAUGUCUUCACUAAUUUUAGAGUUUUAUUCAUGUAUUUCUCUUUAUUAUUUUUCAAAUAGGUGGCGGAAAAAAGAAUAACCACAAAUUGCGAUAUUUUAUUAUUGUAUAUUGUAUCAUAAUAAAGAUUCUGUUUAAGAAAUAAAAGAAUCAUUGGAGCAAGGUUUAUGUGGUCCUACAUUAUCUAGCGAUUAAUACUAAGUACAUAAGAUCAAUAUUGUCUUAUCGCAGUUGUUAAAUAGAUAAAUAUUUACUGAAUGUUAAGAUAGCGAUCGAACGUAGUAAUUUUUCACUAAUAGAUUAUUAUUGUUUAGUCAAUAGUCAGAAACUUUUCAGUGCUGUGAAGGUUGUCUUUUCGACGCCUGUGGUAUCUAAGCCAUCGGUAAUUACACGUGCUAGAUUCGAGGCUCAAGUGUGACAACAAGAACAGAAAUCUUUGCUCGUACUGGUAGGCUGGUAGUACCACCCUUUGCAACUCCUACUGUUUAUAUCCUCUAUCAAAGAAGUACCUGGGAAAAAUGCUAUUUUACUACUUUCACUUUUCCACCGACUUCGAUAUAAGAUAUUAAAUAUAGAUUUAAACGAUUUGUUGAUGUAUGUAAAAAGAUAACUCGAUGCCACAUUAGAUUAAGAAUCGAGUGUUGAAUCAAAUCAGGAGGAGUAGCUGCGAGUAUUACUACCAUGAAAGAAUAUAUAUAUAUAUAUAUAU